AUGUCGUUUUCGAUAAAUCCGGCAUUUUCAUUCAGUUUGAAUCGUAUUUUAGUUGGUAGUGUUAAAUUUGGUAAAUAUGAUGGCAUCCAUGUAUGUCUUACGGCCGUUACUAGCACCGAUAAAGUGAUUUUACACAAUCCGUACAAAAAGCUAAGCGAAUCGAACAAUCGUUUGUCAUGGGCCGAGGCAAGCAGUGAUAUUGCCGUUUUAAAUUUCAACCAGGAGAUCCGUGCCAUUGAAACUGGCUGCCUUUCCAGCGAUCCCAAGGAUAUUUUGGUCAUUGGCAGUCCAACACAGCUUUUAGCUUAUCACGUUGACAAUAACAGGGACCUAUUUUAUAAGGAGAUUUUAGAGGGUAUUUUCAUCAUUCUUAUUGGUAAAGUAUGUUCGUUUGAAAAUCCGUUAGUGAUCGUUGGUGGAAAUCAGUACAUCCGCGGCUAUGACAUUGAGGGAAAUGAAAAACUUUGGAUUGUCACCAGCGGAAAUGUAAACUCACUCGCUUUAGUUGAUUUUAAUAAUGACGGAAAGAAUGAAAUCGUUUGUGGAUGUGAUAAUGGAACGAUUAAAAUUUAUCAGAACGAUUCACUUUUGUCAGAGUUUUUCGAAAAUUCGAGCAUUAUCCAAGUCUCAAGAAUAGAUGUUAGCAGUUUGCUGGCUUAUUCGCUGAAUGAUGGUACAGUCGGUGUUUACAACGAAGGUGUUCGACUGUGGCGGAUCAAGUCAAAGUCAAAGGGCUUAUCUAUGGCCUGUUUCGAUUUAUUGGGCACCGGAUCACUUCAGCUGAUCAUCGGAUGGGAAUCUGGAAAGGUUGACAUAAGGGACAUUGCGACCGGAGAAAGUUUGUUUAAGCUAUCUUUGAAUCAAAUGGUGAUAUCUGUUAUGCAGGCCGAUUAUCGGGGAAGAGGUGUGAAUGAUUUGGUGAUAUGCACUAGAAAUGGCGAUAUGAAAGGUUACGAACGAUCAAAAAUCAAUUUGCAAUCGAUUAAGCAAAUGGACCAUAGUGAACUAAACUCUCUAAUGACCACAAAGAAGAAUUUAAUGCUGGAACUCUCACAGUAUCAAUCGAAUGCAAAAAUCAACAAAGAACAUUCCGAGAAUGAAGAUCUGCGAAUUUUGGCAUCCGAUGAAUUUGGUGUAAUUCCGGCGAGCACUCGACUUCAAGUGGCGCUAUCAACAGUUGCAAGCACUGAGAAGAAACUCCAUAUCGAAUUAAGUGUUUGUACAAACAACGAUACAAUCAUCAAGGCGCUGAUCAUUUUCUCUGAAGGAAUUUUUGAAGGUGAAACCCAAAUUGCGUAUUCUUACAAUAGACCGACAUCUCGCAUUAUUCUACCAUUUAUUACGCCAAAAAAUAUCGUCUACGAUAUUCAUUUGAAAAUUUUGGUUGGUUUCGAGCACAGCAAGCAAUUUCAUGUAUUCGAACUGACGAGACAGUUACCAAAGUUUGCCAUGUAUGCUGUUGUUGAUGAUUUCAAUCCGCCGGUGCAUCUUCUUGGUAACAUUUCAAUUGAUGAAACCACUAGCUAUGUAUCGUUCAAAUUAAGCGAACGCUAUCAGAGACUUUGCCUUUGGAUUAAUCAGAAUUUCUUGUUGCCCACCGACAUUGAGCCGGAGCAUAUCACGAAUUUAGAUGAUAUUCGAUUGUCUUUGAUCAGUGUUUACGAUAAGAGUUCAGUUGUAAUUUGGUUCUCGGAUAAGAACGAAUCGAAAAUCAUCACCGAAAACAUGGAUUUAGCCGGUGAUUUAAUACAUUCAUUGGCAAAUUUUCUGAAUAUCGAGGAUUUGAAGACAACGGCCUGCUUUCCGAACAUCACAAAUCGGUUGAAUCAAUAUUAUGAACGAAUCAGUGGUUUUGAAACGACCUAUUCCAAUUUGAUAUUGGAUGUGGCGCACAAGAAGUACAUUGCCAAAAAUUUGCUUAUUCAAGCAGAAGAUGCUCGACUCUACAAUGAAAGCGAUCUAACACGAAUUUACACCAAUUUGAAUCGACUGAACGAUGAUAUGGCGAGUUCGUUUAGAAUUCGGCAGCAAAAUUUUGUGGAAAUGCAGAAGAAUUUGGAUGCAGUGAAUUCCGUGCUAAAAUCAUCGAUACGACUACGAGUGGGAAAUUAUGCGGCAAAAAUGAUGCCGCUGUUCAAGAUAGCGGUGAAAAACAAAAAUGUUCAGGCAAUCGUACGAAUCAUUGAGCAAGGCGAAAAUUGAAACCACUCACGCUCGUUCGCUCUCCG